ACGUCAUGUUCGUGCGCCAUUAUUAUUUUGGGAGGUCCGAGUCAGACUUUGACACGUCUUGCUUCAGUUUCUGCUCCAAUUUCUCGCCUUUUCUGCAAGGACAAGUCUCAGACGAUGGACGACGACGUCUUGACAACGCUGAAGAUUUUGAUAAUCGGUGAAAGUGGCGUAGGAAAAUCCAGUUUGUUGCUGAGGUUUACAGAUGACACAUUCGAUCCAGAGAUAGCAGCAACAAUAGGUGUUGACUUCAAAGUGAAAACUCUUACAGUAGAUGGAAAUAAGGCAAAAUUAGCAAUCUGGGACACGGCUGGCCAAGAAAGGUUCCGCACACUCACACCAAGCUACUACAGAGGGGCCCAGGGGGUUAUUCUAGUUUACGAUGUCAGCAGUAGAAACUCCUUCAACAGACUGGAACAGUGGCUGAGCGAACUGGAAACAUUCUCCACUAAACAAGACAUUGUCAAGAUGUUAGUGGGAAACAAAAUAGACAAGGACAAGAAGGAAGUGGACAGGAAUGAAGGGCUGAAGUUUGCCAGGAAACACCAGAUGCUGUUUAUCGAGGCCAGUGCCAAGACGAGAGAAGGCGUCCAGUGCGCCUUCGAGGAACUGGUGGAGAAAAUCAUCCAGACUCCAGGACUCUGGGAGAGCGAUUCUCAACCCAAAGGCGUAUCGUUGACGGAUACAGGGUCAGCUGCUGUUAACAGUUGUGCAGGAUACUGUUCACUUGUGUAGACUUGUACAGAGGAUGGUACUGGGGGUAGACAUUCACCAUCUUCCCAUUCCCAGGAUGCAUAGCACCAGGGGGUAAAAAUUCCCAGGGUGCAUAGCGCCAGGGGUUGGAAUACGACACACGGUUGACGUUAAACAACUUGUUUUUCUGUGUGUUUUGGAGCCUUUUUGUUCCAAAAUUAAGUGACAGAUCGAAUCUGACAACAAGUAGUACAUCAUUCCGACCAUCUGGUGCUAUGAAUCCUGGGAAUUUUUACCCCCCCUGGUGCUAUGAAUCCUGGGAAAUGGGAAAAUGGUGAAUAGAGGGAAAGGGGUGGCUUCUCAAAAGAGCUCCACAGCUCUGUGUUAGACAGAUAGUCAAUGUUACAACAGAUGUAUGUUUACAAGUGUUUUUGCUUAGGUGCAUUAAUGUGUUUAAACACUUUAAGCACUGCCCAAAAGAAUACAGUAAAAUCAUGACUGUUCAAGGAAUUUGUUACAUUUAUUAAGAGUAUAAUAUUUAAUGUGAUAGAGUUAUGAUUUUACUUCAGUGCAAAAGUUUGAAACAGAAACUCUGUUUUAAAAAUUCAUUCUAGAAAGGUUUAUAUUUAAUUUUGCCCACCAUGUACCAGCAAUGUCCAAUUACAUGUGUACUAACAUUUCGAAUUGGGGGUAGAAUAUGUUAUCAUUUAUUUGAAUAUACAUAUGUAUAUUUUAAUGUAUUGCAUGUAUAUUAAUGUAUGUUCAUCUCUAUCUACUGCAGAUCUAAUACACCUUGGAAAAAUUAUGCUUUACCUUUAGAAAAUUAUGCUUUACCUAGGCAAAAUGCGAUACAGUACCUAUUGCCAUGUUAGGUACCCAUUCUAACAUUUCUUCUCCAAAAAUUAUGGGACUAGGGGAUACUUCCAGUAGUACAAGGAUUUUGUGCUCUUUAACACAACCUUGGCUGUUAUAUGCUUAGAUUAAGCAGAGAAAAGUACAUUGUGUUAAGAGGCCAAACUGUUUGGAAGAGACCCAUUCUAACAAUUCUUC